AUGAUAUCUGCUUCGGCAUCGCCCUCCAUCAGGGCCUUGCAUAACCGCGACGACUCUCCUUCGCCCCGUCCGCGUCCUUUGGCUCGCGUGCCUUCCAUUCAACGGGUCAAUACCGCCAUUCCUCAAACGUUCUCGGUUACUCCAGCCUCCGCCAAUAGCACCUCGUCUGUUGCUCUGAGUCCGUAUAUUCCUUCCAUACAGUCGUCACCGCUGGUCUCUCAAACGAUUCCUCAGCCUUCCCAGCUGGGGAACCCAGUACCUUUCGAGCUGCCCGAGUCCCUUGUCUCCUCUCAUACCGUCACACAGCAAAAGGAUGCCUCUACCGGGGCCAAGUCGGUUGGACUUAUUCGCAAACUAUCUCAAAGUGCCAAAGAGGGUGUUUCUUCCACACGACAAAUCCUGCGACGAAAGGCCUCUUCUUCCGCACAGAGUCGCCGGGAUGAAAGUACCGGUCCAAUAACCAGACGCCGUAGUGACAGCAAAACGGCAGCCGUCAAUGGCGCUUCUAUCGAAUCUCCCUCCUUCGAUACUCUGCCAAUAGACCUACAAUCAGGCUUAGGUCUCUAUGACACCGUGAGCCUGUCGAGCGAGCCUGCUACUCUGGUAGACACCCGUCCUGAAGGCCAAGCUCCGUGCGUUCCGGAGCAUCUUGUUGGUGGAUGUCUCUUGACCAAGAUCACCAAGAAUAAAAAGCAGGAGAAAAUGUUCUUUUUGGAUGUCGAAGGUUCACGUGUCUCCUGGAAGGGCGCUGUCACAAUGAAAGCUUUUCAUAUUGAUAAUAUCAAGAGUAUUCGAAGUGGUGAGGAGGCGGCCAGUUAUCAACAAGAGCUUCGCGGUGAGGCUGUUGACCCUGACCUCUGUUUCACCAUCAACUAUGCCGCGUCGGAUUCAUCAAAGUCGGUCAAAACUUUGCAUCUGGUUGCUCACAGUCAUGCCGACCUCAGGCUGUGGGUUGAUACUUUGGAGAGCUUAUCCAAGCAUCGGGAAGAGUUGAUGACCAGUAUGGUCGGCUGCACCGAACGCGAGUCGGUCAUACGAGCUCAUUGGGAUAGCGAAAUGGCAAAACGACCAGUAAAUGUCAAGCUUGAUGGUCUUGAUUUCCCUGCCAUACAGUCUCUAUGCCGCAAACUUCAUAUUCACGUCCCUGAAAAAGAGCUGGAAGAGCAUUUCAAAAUUGCAGAUGUCAACAAAUCCGGUAUCCUGGAAUAUGAUCAAUUCAAAGACUUUCUUAGACGUCUUCGUGAACGAAGUGACAUCAAGAAGAUCUUCAAUGAGUUGAAAGAUGCUUCGUCCAAUGGUAUCGCCAGGGCACAGUUUAUUCGAUUCCUUGAGCAGGUCCAGGGGAUCGAUCUCACCAAAAUUUCGGAACCUGGUAUUUGGCAAGAGAAGAUCGAUGAGAUGGUGGCCACAUCGUUUCCAAAUGAUCCGGACUGUGGCCUCAUCGAUGCCAACGCCUUUGCUUCGUUCAUGUUGUCAAAAGACUGCCAUGUCUAUUCGAAACCCGAGGAGCCAAGUCCGCAUUUUGAUCACCCACUCAACGAAUACUUUAUUUCCAGCUCCCACAAUACCUAUCUGACGGGUUGGCAAGUAGGAGGAACAUCUUCAGCCGAAGCCUACAUCACCGCCUUACGCCACGGAUGUCGUUGCAUUGAAAUCGAUUGUUGGAACGGUCAAGAUGGCAAUCCGAGAGUGACGCACGGUCACACAAGAACUACUUCUGUACUCUUUUCUGACUGUAUCAACGCUAUUCAACGAUGCGCUUUCGAUGUGACUCCUUACCCGCUAAUCAUUUCCCUUGAAGUGCAUUGUGACGCCGAGCAACAGGCUAAGAUGGUCCAAAUCAUGAAGGACGUGUUUGGAGAGCGACUCCUCCUACACCCUCUGCCCGGUUCCACCACAAAAUUACCCUCACCAGAGCAACUCAGACAUAAGAUCCUCAUCAAGGUCAAGUCUACGGAGCUUCAUGCGGACUUGGCUGCUGUCCGGGCCGCCCCCCCUGUGAAUCGAGAUCGCAGUGCGAGUUCUCCCCACAGGAAUUUGUCGAAUUGGCCUCUUCCAAGUGUCCCCACUGUUACCAGCCCGGCGCUGAUAACUCCUCCUGAAACCAUUUAUUCACCUACUGAUCGGUCCGUCACGGCCACCAGUGCAAGUAGUGCCGACGAAGAGAGUGAUGUCCCUGCACCGUCACCUUCACCGUCGAAUCUAGAAACUCAACGACGAUCUCCGAAGCUGAGCAAAGUUGGACCGUAUCUCUCCGCACUCGGCGUUUACUUGAAAGGUUAUACUCUCCGGGAAGCACGAGAUCUUCAAUUUCAGCAGUAUAAUCAUAUUUUCUCUCUAAACGAAAACCGAGCCAUUGAACUCUGUCAUUUGGCGGAGGAUAAAGCUCUAUUCGAGGAUCAUAAUCUCGACCAUAUGUGCCGAGUCUACCCCAAGAAUCUACGAUUCCAGUCUUCCAACUUUGAUCCAAACACCUUUUGGAGACGAGGGGUUCAGAUGGUCGCUUUGAAUUGGCAGACAUUUGAUGCACAUAUGCAGAUGAAUCACGCCAUGUUUGCUACCGGAACUGAUGCAUAUGGUUAUGUCCUCAAACCUGAAUACCUCCGGAAGCCUCGAACCAAACACGGGGACUUUGAACACCGAGUCAAGUUGCCGCGGUAUAAGAUGAGGUUUUCUGUCCAAAUCAUCUCCGCUCAGCAAUUACCUCGAGCAGCCAACAUGGGAAAGGACACUCCGUUGAAUCCAUUCAUCGAGGUUCAAAUGUUCAGCGCCGAAGACAGAGCACGUGGCAUUGCAAAUGGCACGGGAGGUAAAGAAACCUACUCGAAUGGCUAUCACGGUAUUGGAUCCCCGUAUCGUCGACAAACUCAGAUUCAAUUUGGUAACGGUUACAAUCCUCAAUUUGGUGAAAACAUUGAGCUGUCCCUGGAGACCAAAUAUCCAGAACUCGUCUUUGUCCGGUUCAUUGUGUGCAAUUCGGAUGAUGGCAGGUCUAAUGGCAAAGGAGUCAAGCAACUCGCAGCCUUUACAGCAAAACUUGGCAGCCUACAAAAAGGAUAUCGGCAUCUACCUUUGUAUAAUGGUCAUGGCGAGGAAUUCAUCUUCUCCACUUUAUUCUGCAAAAUUGUCAAACAGGAUCCCAAACUGAUGCCUUGGUCUCUGCAAGACGUGAGUGAUCGACCUUCAAGACCCAACAUGUUUCGAGGAAUACUUUCACGUGGAUUGUCAGGUGAUCGUGGCAGAGAACGGGCAUCCAGUGUUGAGGAUCAACGGGCAGCUCGGCAGGCAAGGCUGAACCGUGAGAUCGAAGAAAAAGUUGCCAAAAAAUAA